AUGUCCGAAGACCCGAAUUUGCAGGACGUGUCUUCGCUUCAAGCAGUCAUUACGGCCUUUACCCUCAAUGUCACAACCGGCGAGGUGGUAGAUGUCGCUGCCCGAGCGAGCUGGCAGGGAACUGGCGAAGGCCAGCUUACGGCAGCGCCUUUUGAUGGUGGCGAUGUAGUCGCUAUCACAGACUCUCCGACGGGAUACAUCACUAUACUCGGUCUCGACCAUUCCACAUUGCCAAGCGCCCGCAUAGCCGAGGAUUUUGGCCUUCACGACUAUUUGUAUGCCAUGCAAGUUGAUGAGAGGAAACGCAAAGACAUACGAAUGGCUGCACCGAAGAUCAAGAGCUAUGGCCGGGUUCUGGUUGACGAUCACAUCAACUUAGGCGACUGUGCGUGGAUCGAUUGA